CGCCGAAACUCCUACUUGAUAACCUGCUCAUUCCUUCGGCCCCGUGAGUGCUUGAGCGGUGCUCAGCCGUCGCUGGUCCACCUCCCCGUCUAUCCUCGCCACUUACGGCCCAAUUUCUUACACGGCGGGUUUUUCUGGGUUGUGAGUCUUGGUUCGUGACUGUGAUUUCUCUUGCCGUUUUGUGGUGUGUAUGGUUGGGGGGAGGUGGAGGAGGAGGAGUAGUGAUGGAGCGGGCGAAGCAUCAGGUUGCGAAACGCUUGGUGCAGCAGGUGGUGCGUCGAACAUCCGCGCCUCCGUCGACUCUCCGGUCCCGGUCUGUAUCACGAGCUACCGCUUGCAAUGAGACGCGUCGAGGAUUUGGCGCUUCGUUGCUGCGUGGAAGCGGGAAUGGAAUCGUCCAGCUUCCGUUUGGAGCCAGGACCAUUUCCAUUGAGGCAUUGAAGCCCAGCGACACGUUUCAGAGGCGUCACAAUAGUCCUACCCUCGAGGAACAGAAGAUGAUGGCGCAGGCGUGUGGAUUCGACAGCAUGGACGCCAUGAUCGAUGCAACCGUGCCUAAAUCCAUCCGCAGGCCCGACCUCAAUCUCAGCAAGUACGGGGAGGGAUUGACAGAGAGUCAGCUGUUGGCACACUUUAAGGCCAUGGCAUCCAAGAAUAAGGUGAUGAAGUCUUACAUUGGAAUGGGUUACUACGACACCCACGUCCCGACUGUGAUUCUCCGCAACAUUCUGGAGAAUCCCGGAUGGUACACGCAGUACACCCCCUACCAGGCCGAAAUUGCGCAGGGAAGGCUCGAGUCCCUUCUGAACUUCCAAACCAUGAUCACGGAUCUCACAGGAAUGCCGAUGUCCAAUGCAUCGUUGUUGGACGAAGGUACUGCUGCGGCGGAAGCCAUGACAAUGUGUAGUAACAUCGCUCGUGGCAGGAAGAAAACCUUCCUGGUGGCUGACAACUGCCACCCCCAGACAAUUGAGGUGUGCAAGACCAGAGCGGACGGUCUAGGUUUAAACGUUGUGGUGGCUGAUUACAAGAAAUUUGAUUACAGCAGUAAGGAUGUGAGCGGAGUUUUGGUGCAGUACCCUGCUACUGACGGAUCGGUGAACGAUUACUCGGAUUUUGUCAAGAAUGCCCACGCACACGGAGUGAAGGUGGUGAUGGCAACCGACCUGUUGUCUCUCACCAUGUUGACACCUCCUGGUGAGCUGGGAGCGGACAUGGUUGUUGGAUCUGCUCAAAGGUUUGGAGUUCCCAUGGGCUAUGGAGGGCCGCAUGCUGCCUUUUUGGCAACAUCUCAAGAGUACAAGCGUCUUAUGCCCGGGCGUAUCAUCGGCAUAAGUAUUGAUGCCACUGGAAAACCAUGCCUUCGGAUGGCCAUGCAGACUCGUGAGCAACACAUCCGUCGUGACAAAGCGACGAGCAACAUCUGUACCGCUCAGGCUUUAUUGGCAAACAUGGCAGCCAUGUACGCCGUAUACCACGGCCCCGAGGGUUUGAAAACAAUUGCGAACAGGGUUCAUGGAUUGGCCGCGGUAUUCAGUUCUGGUGUGAAAAGAUUGGGAUUCCAAGUUGGAUCUGCAUCGUUCUUUGACACAGUGAAGGUUACAGUUGGUGAAGGACAGGCUGAGAAAAUUAAAAAUGACGCAGCUGCACACGGUGUGAAUUUGAGAGUGUUCGAUUCCAACUCGGUUACCUUGUCUUUCGACGAAACUACGACGAUCGGAGAUGUGAACACCUUGUUCAAAUGUUUUGCUGGAGGCAAGAAUGUUGAUUUUUCUGCGGAGCAACUUGCCGCUGGGGUGGAGAGUCACCUUCCGUCUAACCUGAAGAGGGAAACUCCAUUCCUUACCCACCCGGUGUUCAACCAGUAUCACUCAGAGCAUGAGUUGCUCCGAUAUCUUCACAGGUUGCAGGCGAAGGAUCUAUCUUUGGUGCACAGCAUGAUUCCGUUGGGAUCGUGCACGAUGAAGUUGAACGCCACUACUGAGAUGAUCCCAAUUACGUGGCCUGAAAUGGCCAAUCUGCAUCCUUUCGCUCCCGAGGACCAGGCUCAAGGGUACCAGGAAAUGUUCAAAGAACUGGGUGACCUGUUGUGUGAAAUCACCGGGUUCGAUUCCAUGUCCCUGCAGCCCAAUGCCGGUGCUGCUGGCGAGUAUACAGGAUUGAUGGUUAUCCGUGCUUAUCACCUGGCUCGAGGAGACGCGCAUCGCGAUGUGUGCAUUAUUCCUGUCUCAGCUCAUGGAACAAACCCUGCAAGCGCAGCAAUGUGUGGAAUGAAGAUUGUGACUGUUGGAACUGACGCACACGGAAAUGUGGAUAUCGCAGAACUGAGGAAGGCAGCUGAGAAGCACAAGGACAAUUUGUCCGCUCUCAUGGUGACUUACCCAUCCACGCACGGUGUCUACGAAGAAGGCAUUGAUGAAAUCUGCAAUAUCAUCCAUCAAUAUGGUGGACAAGUGUACAUGGAUGGUGCCAACAUGAACGCUCAGGUUGGGUUGACCAGUCCUGGUCACAUUGGAGCCGAUGUGUGCCAUCUCAAUUUGCACAAGACGUUCUGUAUCCCCCACGGAGGAGGUGGUCCUGGAAUGGGACCUAUCGGAGUGAAGAAGCAUUUGGCUCCAUUCUUGCCAUCACACCCUGUGGUUGGCACCGGAGGAUUCCCAAGACCGGCUAACACUCAACCUCUUGGCCCCAUUUCUGCUGCUCCUUACGGCUCAGCAUUGAUUCUGCCAAUCUCAUAUAUCUACAUUGCAAUGAUGGGCAACAAGGGUUUGACAGACGCGUCUAAGCUUGCAAUCUUGAACGCUAAUUACAUGGCGAAGCGACUGGAGAAUCACUACCCAAUUCUGUUCAGGGGUGUGAACGGAACAUGCGCACAUGAGUUCAUCAUUGACUUGCGGAAAUUCAAGGACACGGCAGGAAUUGAGGCUGAGGAUGUGGCUAAGCGUUUGAUGGACUACGGUUAUCAUGCUCCAACCAUGUCAUGGCCUGUGUCUGGAACGCUUAUGAUUGAGCCAACCGAAAGUGAAAGCAAGGCCGAGUUGGAUCGGUUCUGUGAUGCCCUGAUUUCCAUCAGAGGGGAAAUUGCCGCAAUUGAGAACGGAGAGGCUAGCCGUGAGGACAAUGUCCUGAAGGGCUCCCCUCAUCCAGCAUCAGUUGUGAUGGCCGACAAUUGGACUAAGUCCUACUCAAGGGAGGUUGCAGCUUUCCCUGCCUCUUGGGUCCGUGCAUCCAAGUUCUGGCCCACCACAUCCCGUGUUGACAAUGUAUAUGGAGACCGCAACCUCGUGUGUACAAACCCCCCUGCAGAACUUGUCGAAGAAAAGAUUGCCGCUGCCGCUUGAUCCUUUGACCUCAGGAUUAGCCCACCUUCGUUGUCCGAAGCUUGGAAGUAUUGGACUAAACCGACAGAACUAUCCAUCACACUUUCUAUUCAAGCCAAGUAGUUUCUGGGUCCUCGUUUCCUUGUCAUCAUUAGAACUCUCUUUUCCAUGUUGAUACAGCGCAAGGAUUGUAUUGCCGCUAAAGCUUCAAAUCAGUCAAUGCUGCAUAUCUUGCAUAUCUAGGGUGGCCUAGUCUAUGUCUCAAGUACGAGAAGCCCUUCUACCUGAUUGUUCUGUGAAGUGAAGCUGUGAACUUUUCUUCAAUUGUACAGUAAUUCCUUGCUUAUAAUGAUGCGUGCCGUUCUGUGAUUUGCUAUGCCA